AUGGCGACGUCGAAGGCGAUAUCGCUUUUAUAUCUCGUUCUGGCAAUUACUCUUGUUUCUAGGGCGAUUACGAUCGAAAUGGAGGAUAUUGUAAAAGAUGAUUCGCGUGUGAAUACUACAGAUAUUAUAAAAGAUGAUUCGCGUAUGAAUCAUACUGAUAUUAUAAAAGAUGAUUCGCGUGUGAAUGAUACCGAUAUUAUACAAGAUGAUUCGCGUGUGAAUGAUACCGAUAUUAUAAAAUAUGAUACUUUGCGUGUGAAUCAUGCAUGGGGAUGUUCUCCAAAACAUCCUCAGUUUUGUAACAAAACUGAGGCAAAUCCAUAUACGAAAGUUCAAAAUCUUAGAGAUUAA